GUGAAAUGUGUAGUUUCUAUAUUUUAAAAGGAAAUUAUUUAACUUAUAAAGGAUACCAGAUUUUAUUUGGAAGAAAUAUGCAGAAUAAAUGAUUCACAUGGAUAUGCACAAAGAGAAGACCAUACACGUGUUUGUGGGGCUAAGCUGUUUUUGAAGGAAAUAUUAAAACGUCAAAUGAAAAUACCCACUUAAGAUAUGUCAUACAGGUGUGAGAUAUGUAGUGCUGCUUUCUCUCUGAAAGGUGAGUUACAGAGGCAUAUACGAAAACACACAGGAGAGAAGCCAUACAAGUGUGAGAUAUGUGAUUCUGCGUUCACUCAGACUUAUCAUUUAAAGCGACAUAUACGAAUACACACAGGAGAGAAGCCCUACAAGUGUGAGCUGUGUGAUGCUGCUUUUUCUCAGAAAGGUAAUUUACAGAGUCAUAAACGAAUACACACAGGAGAAAUGCCACACAAAUGUGACAUGUGUAGUGCUGCUUUCACUCAUACAAGUAAAUUACAGACACAUAUAAGAAUACAUACAGGAGAGAAGCCAUACAAGUGUGAGAUAUGUCAUGCUGCUUUCUCUCAGAAAGGCGUAUUUCAGCAACAUAUACGAAUACACACAGGAGAGAAGCCAUACAAGUGCGAGAUAUGUGAUGCUGCUUUUUCUCAGAAAAGUAAUUUAAAGAGUCAUAAACGUAUACACACAGGAGAGAAGCCCUACAAGUGCGAUAUAUGUGAUGCUGCUUUCGGUCUGAAAUGUCACUUACAGAGACAUAUACAUAUACACACAGGUGAGAAGCCAUACAAGUGUUGGAUAUGCGAUGCUGCUUUCUCCCAGAUAGGUGAAUUAAAGAGUCAUGCAAGAAUACACACAGGAGAGAAGCCAUACGAGUGUGAUAUAUGUAAAGCUUCUUUCUCUCGGAAAGAUAAAUUACAGCAACAUAUACGAAUACACACAGGAGAGAAGCCAUACAAGUGCGAAAUAUGUGAUGCUGCUUUCUCUCGGAAAGGCGUAUUACAGCAACAUAUUCGAAUACACACAGGAGAGAAGCCAUAGCUGUGGGAGAUAUGUGUUGCUGCUUUCUCUCAGAAAUGUGUAUUACAGCAACAUUUAAUAAUACAUACAGGAGAGAAGCCAUACAAGUGUGAGAUAUGUGAUGUUGUUUUCGCUCGGAAAGGUCAAUUAAAGAGACAUAUCAGAGAACACACAGAAGAGAAGCCAUACAAGUGUGAGAUAUGUGAUGCUGCUUUCUCUCUGAAAGGUGAAUUAACGCAACAUAUACGAAUACACACAGGAGAGAAGCCAUACAAGUGUGAGACAUGUGAUACUGCUUUCUCUCAGAAAGGUGUAUUACAGCAAAAGAGAUAAAUCCGAGACAUGUUUGUAUAUAUCUUUAACGUUGUUUGCGUUUCAAAGAAAAACAAUGUAAUUGUGGAAUAUAGCAUUGAAUAUAUUUCACCAAAGGACAAUAUUGUUGAUCAUAGUAACUUAAAUCGCAGAUUUACAUGCAUGUUUGCUUAAAUGUCUUUAUUAAAUGUUUUCUUAAAGCAGAAAAGCGUAGGGAACAGUUUUUAGCUAGUUAAAUGUUCAAUGUUUAGAUACAUUUAAAAAGACGCUGUUUCAAAGGUUUCCUGCCAUCACGUGUUAAUGAAUAGUUAAAUUUUGAAGUUGGAAAAUUAACGAUACAGUGUUUUAAUUGUGUGUUCUGAAGUGUUGAUUGGCCAAAUAUCGAUAACGAGUCCAAUUUGAGCGGUAAAACGUGAACAUCCUACAACAAAGUUAAACCGCGUGUCGUAAGAAGCAACGAAAGAGAAGAGCGAACGUCGAAACAAGUGUGUGUUUUACAUGUUUUAAGAUUUCAAGAAACUACAUUGUGAACUUAGUCUGUCAAUUUCAUGCUUUUAAAUAUCUUGUAUAGUUAUGCUUUUAAAUUGUUUGUAUUGAACUAUUAAAUGUCACAUACACACAUUGCAACAUGUUUCAGCUUCUGUUUAACGAUGCUUGAUAAAAAUAAUCCAGAAGUUGGAUGAUUUGAACUUUUUUUGCUUCCGUAUUGAAUAUGUAAAAUAAGAAUUUAUUUUCAUCGUAUGUUAUAAUUAUUGAAGAAUGAAUUACAUUAAUACUUCGUUCAGUCGUCUUUGAAGUUAAUGUAGUAAGACUCUUACGUGGUUUCACAUUCCAACAAGGGUAAUCACUCUCUUAUAAAUUUAUUUACUUUUAUUUUAUUGUACCAGAAAGAAAUGAAAAAAAAACACAGUUAACUUCG